UAAACAUUGUGUGUAUUUCAGUGUCAGAUGUGUUUCUUAAUUAUGCUGUUUAUAUUUGUUGGCUGAUUUGAAUUUGAUUAUUUGAAAUGUCGUUUUAAGAAAAAUUUGUUGAAAAUGUAUAAUUUAAUCAUUAUCAUAGUUUCUAUUCUAUAAUCUUCAUGAAUUAAUUUUGUCUUUGAACAUCAAUUAUUUCUAUGACGUAUUGCUGACGUGACAAACUGGUUUUAUAAUGAGAAGAAUCAUAAUGCAGAGCAUGAUAGCAUUAAGUAUGCUUGUGAGUUUGGCUAUCGCUCAGACUACGUACGAGAAUUAUAAAGUAUUCAGCAUUGUGACGUCUACAAUAAAACAGAUAAACCAGGUUUAUCAAAUGGUUGACAUUCAUGAUGGAAUUACCUUGUGGAAUGUACCAAACCUGAAAAAUAGACCAGUAAAUAUUAUGGUAGCCCCGCACAAAUUGCCGCAGUUCAUCGAAAUAAUGACCAAAAUUGAUGUAUUUUAUCGGAUUAAUAUCGAAAACGUUCAAGAACUAAUUGAUCAGACGACGCCUGCGAAUCGAUCGACGUCUUUUGAUUUUACUAGUUAUCACACUCUCGAGACAAUCUAUAAGAAUUUGAAUGAUUUGGCUAAGCGGUAUCCAGACAAUGUACAGAUUAUUAUAGGCGGUAAAACGUAUGAGAGACGCAACAUCAAAGGUGUCAAGGUGUCAUUCACGGCGAAUAAUCCUGGAAUCUUUAUCGAAGGUGGAAUUCACGCUAAGGAGUGGAUCUCGCCGGCGACUGUUAUGUAUAUCCUAUAUCAAGUGCUGACCAGCAAGAAUAAGAACGUUCGAGCCAUGGCAGAGAGUCAUGAUUGGUAUAUUUUUCCCGUAUUUAAUCCUGACGGAUACGUUUACAGCCACACUACAAAUCGAAUGUGGAGAAAAAAUCGUAAACCAAGCAAUAAUUCUUUUUGCAUUGGUGUAGAUCUUAACAGAAACUGGGGUUAUAAAUGGAAUUUUUUUAAUCUUAAAAAUAACCCAUGCUCCUCUGGUUAUGCGGGAAGUGCACCAUUUUCCGAAAUAGAAAUAAAAAGUAUGUCCGAAUAUAUCAAGACUAUUUCUAACAAGUUCUAUGCAUAUAUCGCAUUUCACUGUCAUGCGCAAUUGUUGUUAUUUCCUUACGGACACACAACAAACCAUCUUGACAAUUACGACGAAUUACAUGCCAUCGGUUUGAAAACGGUUGCAGCUCUUAAGAAGAGAUAUGGAACAGAAUAUCAGAUUGGAAAUAUUGCAGAAACAAUCUAUAGAAUCACCGGAACUAGUGUGGAUUAUAUUAAGGCUGUUUAUAAUAAGAAUAUCACUUAUAUCUAUGAAUUACGUGAUCGCGAUCGUUAUGGAUACUUGAUGCCGCCUGAUCAGAUUAUCCCGACUGGAAAGGAGGUUGUAGAUUCCCUCGUAGUCAUGUUCAAGGAAGCAAAAAAACAUGGAUAUAAAAUUCAUUCGCCAUCAAAUAGAAAUUUGUAUUCUAUUAAUAAUUUAAAUUAA